UUCUCGUUCAGAGAUGGGGAAGGAGCAGGAACUCCUAGAGGCGGCGCGCACAGGGAAUCUUGCCGCCGUCGAGAAGCUCUUGUCUGGGAAACGACAGUCAGGAGGAAUCGGUAGUGGAUCCUCUGGAGCUACAGGGAGCAGCAGCAGUGGUAGUCACAGCUCGUCCUCCCACCCGCUCUCCAGUUUGCUCAGUAUCUGGAGAGGACCUAAUGUGAAUUGUGUGGACAGCACUGGAUACACUCCCCUCCAUCACGCUGCUCUUAAUGGACACAGUGACGUUGUGGAGCUGCUAUUGCGAAACGAGGCUCUGACGAACGUGGCGGAUAAUAAAGGCUGUUACCCUCUGCACCUGGCCGCGUGGAAGGGCGACGAACGCAUCGUCCGAAUGCUAAUACAUCAGGGACCAUCUCACCCCAAACUCAAUCAGCAGAGCUGUGUAGACCAAAAAGAGCUGAAGCGAUGUGGCCCAUUUGACCCCUAUAUUAAUGCCAAGAAUAAUGAUAAUGAGACCCCAUUGCACUGUGCAGCUCAGUAUGGUCACUCAGAGGUAGUGCGGUUAUUACUGGAGGAGCUGACUGACCCCACCAUGAGGAACAACAAAUUUGAGACACCGUUGGACCUGGCUGCCCUGUAUGGCCGGCUGGAGGUGGUGAAUCUUUUGCUGAGAGCUCAUCCUAACCUGCUCAGCUGUAACACUAAGAAACACACCCCACUCCACCUGGCCUCCCGCAACGGCCACCUGUCUGUGGUCCAAGUGCUGCUGGACGCUGGAAUGGACAUCAAUUACCAGACAGAGAAAGGUAGUGCUCUGCAUGAAGCAGCCUUGUUUGGGAAGACAGACGUGGUCCAGACUUUGAUUCGUGCAGGUAUUGAUGUGUCUAUAGUGGACAGUAAGGGUCAGACAGCACUGGACAUUGUUCGAGAGAUGCCCUCACAGAAGAGCAGGCAGAUAGCUGCUCUUAUACAAGGUCAUAUGUGUGGGAAUCCUCCUGACAUGGCCUUACCACCUCCUCCCGUGCCGCCUCCUCAGGAGAACCUCAGCCCAAGGAGGAAAGGUGAGGAGAAAGUGGAUGAGUUGAUCUCUGGUUUAGCUCCAGGUCCUGAAGAGGAGAGUCCAUAUGAAGCUCUGUUUGAGGCCACAUCCUGCCACUCUCUGGACAGUGUGACCAGCGGCAAAUCUUCUGACAGAGACUCCGGUCGACCAGACAGUGACACGGGCAAAAAGGACCGCCCCCCGCCCCCUUCUCAACCAGGUACACAGGAGGAAGAGCUGAGCUCUGAGGCAGUGUACACUAACAGCAGUGUGGAUGAACGGACAGAGAUGGUUGAGGAAGAGGAGGAUCACACGUAUGAACUACUGCACACAGCUCAGACCAAGAUGCCUCACGACACCCCAGACAUGGCCCCACAGACAGAUGAGAACGCUGUAACUCGGCCCUCUGACAGUAUCCUACCUCAGCAGAGGAAAACCUCUGCACCCAGUGACCUUCGACCUUCAGGCUCUACUGGAAACACUCUGCAGCCACCUGGACCCUCAUUUGGAACAGCGCGGACCACUGGAGAGAGUUCUCAGGACUCUAGCUCCGGCGUUCCAGAGCAGUUUACUGGUCUGCUGCACGGCUCGUCUCCGGUCAUCGACUGUCGCGAGGAGGCCUUCCGACUUCCCGCCGGAGCAUUGUCCAAUCAGACUCCGACCGCUGCAUCCGCUCAGCCCCCUUCAGCGGCCGCCAUGGCAACUGUCAUUCCCGACUGUGACCCCAAAGCAAUAUAUGCAACAGUGAAUAAGGAGCCGCGUAAUUCGCCGACGCCGACGUCGCUGCCCGUCGGUAGGAUGCGUCCGCCGGGCGACUUGAAACUGGCCCGCAGCCUCUCCAAGUCCGACUCGGACCUGCUCGUGUCUCCGCCCAGCGAGGAGGAAGCGGGGCUCAGCAGCCGCAGCGAAUCCGUGUCUAACUGCAGCGGCAGCAAGAGGAGGCUGGAGAAAUCACCGUCUUUCACCUCUGAAUGGGACGAGAUUGAGAAGAUCAUGACGUUGAUUGGAGCUGGCAUCGACUUCUCCAGAGACCAGCAACACACUGCCUCAGGAGGGCGGGCCUUGGACCAGCCUGUGGGUGAUUGGUUGGAGAACAUUGGACUGCCACAGUACGAAAGCAAACUGCUGCUGAAUGGCUUUGAUGACCUGCGGUACAUGGGCAGUAAUGUGAUGGAGGAACAGGAUCUGAGAGACAUCGGGAUCACAGACCCAGCUCACCGCAGAAAGAUCCUAACCGCUGCCCGUUCACUGCCCAAGGUGAAAGCCUUAGGCUGUGAUGGGAGCACAUCUCUGCAGUCAUGGCUGGACACUCUGGGCCUUCAGGAAUAUCUGCAUAACUUCCUGUCCAGUGGCUACCGCACGCUGGACUGCGUGAAGAACCUGUGGGAACUGGAGAUAGUCAACGUGCUUAAGAUUAGCCUUUUGGGACACAGGAAACGCAUCAUUGCAUCAUUAGCAGAGCGACCUUAUGAGGAGCCUCCAGUCAAACCACCCCGACUUUCCCAGAUCAGAGUGAAGCAGCCGCGGGAACCUCGUCUGACCUUACGGCCCCCCAGUCUGGCAGCGCCCUACGCCCCAGUACAGAACUGGCAUCACCAACCAGAGAAACUUAUCUUUGAAUCCUGUGGAUACGAGGCUAAUUACCUUGGCUCCAUGCUCAUUAAAGAUCUGAGAGGCACAGAGUCGACCCAGGAUGCCUGCGCUAAAAUGAGGGCUCUCUGUCAGAGGUCUACAGAGCAGAUGAGGAAAGUUCCCACCAUCGUUCUGUCCAUCACCUAUAAGGGUGUGAAAUUCAUCGACGCGGCCAACAAGAACAUCAUUGCGGAACAUGAGAUCAGGAACAUCUCGUGUGCAGCACAGGAUCCUGAGGAUCUGUGUACCUUUGCUUACAUCACUAAAGACCUACAGACCAAUCACCAUUACUGCCAUGUGUUCAGCACUGUGGACGUGAAUCUGACCUAUGAAAUCAUUCUGACGCUGGGACAGGCGUUUGAGGUGGCCUAUCAGUUGGCUCUGCAGGCCCAGAGGACCAAGCAGCAGCAGCAGUUAGGGGGCGGGCCAGGAGGAGCAGGGUCUGACGUCAUUCACACUAAGAGCAGUCGGCCUGUGCCCAAACCACGCGGGAGCAUGCGAAAGUCUGGGAUGGAGCCGAUGGAGCUGGAGUCAGACGUCCAAUCACAGGGCAGUGCUGGUUGGCUGCUGGACCCUAAGGAUCCCAAACGCACCAUCAGCACCAACUGAGCUGUAUGGUCGGAUGCCAGGCAUAAUGUGUAGAUUGUGUGUUUGUAUGUGUGCAUGCAUGUGUAUGGAGGACAACACACACUCCAGUCACAGUUCUUCGCUGCAUCCCGCCAUCUGCCCCGGCUCCUACACACGCACUCACACAGAGCGAGUGACAGAAUUCCUCCACGUCAUCCAUCUAUCCAUCCAUCCAUCCUUCCCUCCAACCUCAACAGAGUCA